AUGAUACCAACUCCAAAAUUGGAUCACAUAUCUUCUAAAGAUUACGAAAACGUGUAUGAGCCUGCCGAGGAUACAUUUUUAUUACUUGACGCACUUGAAAAAGAUGCUGAAUUUUUAAGAAAUGAAAUCGCACCUUGUAUAAGUUUAGAAAUUGGAUCAGGAACAGGAUGCGUAUCAACGUUCCUCGGGAAAAUACUUGGUGACGGUAAAGCACUGCUACUUUGUACAGAUAUAAAUCCAUAUGCCAGUUACAUCACUAUUAAGACGGGAUACAACAAUUCGAUUCAAUUAGAGUCGAUUACCACCGACUUAGCAAAUGGUCUUUUACCAAGGCUUUAUCACACCGUUGAUAUAUUAUGUUGUAAUCCACCGUAUGUUGUUACAACUUCUGAAGAAUUAUAUUCAUCAAAAAGUGCUAUCGAGAGAGCAUGGGCUGGUGGACUUAAUGGGAGAGAAGUGAUUGAUAAGAUGUUACCAUUAGUUGAUGUUAAGUAUAACUUUUCAUUUUAUUCAUUCACUAUUAUAAUUGAUUAA